AUUGAUUUUCACGAGCAGCCCAGCCAGGAGCUGUCGAUCACUUAACUCCGCCACCCGACCUCCUCGAUCGCCUUUCGCCCAAGCCUGACCUGCGUGCAUACAAAUCCAUGAACCUCCGAGAUGCCAGCACUCGAAGCUUCAACCACGUCCAAGCUUUCGCUUGGAGUGCGUGCCCACGCCACCUUCGAUCUCUGCCUUUGAGAUCAGCACUUAGAUCCCGGACGACACUCGGACGUUAUCAAGACUUCGUUAAAUGCGUUUUUGACAAGCUUCAACGUCGCUAUGAUUGUCCUCGUACAGUUCCGGCCUCUCAUCCAGCCUGCAAAGACUGAGAUGCAUGUUAUAGCAGCCUAUACCCAGACGUACGGACUCGCUCUCAACAUACCUUCGGCUCCACAGACCUACCUCCACUACCGACAUCGCUCCUUUGAGCUUACCAGCUCAAGCGCGAGCAUCGGUGUUUCCAUAUUUCCUUAGCCGAAUG